UGAGUGCUGCACAAAGUUAAACGAAAAAAGUAAAUUGCAAUUCGGCAUUCUUUAUUCAUAUAAUUCGGUUGACAUUGCUAGACAUAUGGUCAAAAGCAAAUAAGAAAAUUAAAUUAAAGCGUCUUUUAUAUAGGCUUUAAAAUUAAAAGAGCGCGUACCGGUGUUUCUUGCAAAUAUUGAAAAUCUGUAAAAAAAAGAAAAAAAAAAAUAGAAAAGGUGCAAUACCUAUUGGAAUUAGCUAAAUUAUAUUACGGUUACAACCAGUGUUCUUUCGAUUCCAACACAAAAGCAGAGCAAUUUAAUUCAAUAUCGAGUGUUAUUAGUUUCAGUGCAACGUUACCGGCACGUGUUAAUUUCAAAGGAGUUAUAAGAAAUCAUUAUCAAAAUGUUGGAAUCCCGUGUGUUUCGUUAUUGUGUUUAUGGUGUCUCCUUUAUUGUAAUUUCGGAAGUUGCCUACCGUUCUUAUGUUUGGAUAAAAUAUCUAACCAACAAAGCUGUGGCAUCCAAAGAAAUAUGCGAAGUCAUCUGGACUAAUGAAUUAACGCAGUCAUGCGUUAGCAAGCAUCGUCGUUUUUCUAGCAAUCCGGCCGCCACUAGUUCUGCUUCUAAUUCGCCGACAAUGUCUGAGUUAAAUCGCAUCGUCAAAUUGCCAUCACCUAUGAAAAAAUCACAAUUGGAAUGUUCCAAUCCAUUUUGUGCUGCCUACAAUGUGGGUCGUUUAUUGGAAUUCAUUGACUCUGCGAAGCAUUCCAUGGACUUGGCCAUGUACACUUUUACAUCGUACGAAUUGGCACAAGCUUUCAAUCGGGCCUUAAAGCGUGGCGUUUUGAUACGCAUUAUAAGUGAUCAUGAAAUGGCCUAUUCCAGUGGAUCCCAAAUUAUACCGCUGACAAAAUCAGGUGUUCCCGUCCGCUGCAACAGCAAUACAAUGUUUAUGCACCAUAAAUUCUGCAUUAUCGAUUCUCCCCAAAGAAACGAUGUCAUAUUUAAAAAACAAAAUAAGUCUACAAAAAAAUGUUACACCCGCGGCCUUGUCCUUACUGGUUCGCUCAAUUGGACCAUGCAGGGAUUUGGUGGCAAUUGGGAGAAUAUUUUAAUAAGUUCCAAUGCCGAAUAUGUACGCAGCUACUCAAAUGAAUUCGAACGCAUGUGGAAUGUAUUCAGUUUGGAUAUGAAGGUGCCGUCGUCAAGUUCUCCAAAAUAAGAAAUAUUUUGAAAAUAAUCUUCAAUACCACCAAUGAACAGUUUUAAGCAGGAUUACCCAAAUGUACCACCAAGUACCUUACAGAGCACAAUGAAAGAAUACAAAAUUAACAUAAGGUAAUUACAUCUUUGGAAUUGUGAGUAAAACAUAAAAUUGUAAUUAAAACCAGUAGCCGGAGCCAACAAUAUAACACCCUACACCACCUGGUGUACGCAGUACAAAUUAUAUGUAGAACUUAUCUCGAAAUCUAGUCAGACUUCAAUUUGAAUACCCAUUGCAAUAUGAAAUAGAACCUUGUAAGAUUUUCCUACCAUAGGACAACACAUUUGGAUUUCCACAUCCUUAAAAGGCCAUAUCGGAUAAAAGAUUAUAUGGGAGUUAUAUCAAAACCUGUGCCAAUUGUGAUGCCACAUACUGGGACGUCAAAUAGAACAUCUCACGCCCUAUAUUGUAAAGAUGUGACCAAAAUUGUGGCUUUUACUGCCUUAAAAGUCCAUAUCGGAUAAAAUAUACACAUUGGAGCUAUAUAUAAAGCAGGUCGGAUUUUAAUGAAAUUUUGCACUGGAACAUCAAAUAAAACAUCUCAUGCU